AUGGAGGCAGGGCUGGCACGAGCCGUCCUUCUCCUCUGCCUGGUAGACGUUCUCCACGCUUUUGCAGUUGAAGAGAAAGAAGAUGUGUUCAAGAGUAUGGCUUGUCCAGCUUUCCUGAUGUUUGACAGCGCCGCUUACCUGGCUGGCAUGACCUUCGAGCUCCCGUGCAAGUGCAAGCCCAAAGAGGUCUCUUCCGUCGUCUGGUACUUCCAGAAGGACAUGAACACCCACAAAACCACCGUCCUGAGCGACUUUGCUGGCACCCUGACUGUUGACUCAGGCCAUAUCCGGGCUGGCAGCAGCGUGCUGAAGCGUUUCAGUAUCCGGAUGUUCAGUCUCAUUGUCUUCCAAGCCCAGGUGACGGACUCGGGCCACUACCUGUGCGGCACUGAGAAAGGGGACUUCUUCUAUGGCUAUGACGUGGACGUGCAGCCCACCAAGAACAUCGUGGUGGCUUUUGUGGACAGAGGCCAGCAUGUCCAGGACGAUUACACAGAGGAGCUCUUCAGCCUCUUCACCACCUUCUGGGACUGGACCAGAUGCGACCGCUGUGGGGUGAGAGGUGAGCAGCGGCGCGUCGGGCUGUGCUACAUACAGAGCGCCGAACUGAACCCUCGCUAUCGCUCUGCUGUGCCCAACGUCACGUCCUGCGGCUCGAGGGCUGUGGCCAUCCAAAGCUGCCUGACCCCGUGCCUGGAGGAGGAGGUCUCCGAGGAGGGCGUGCAGGCCAUCUCCAAUGUCAUUUCCAAGUUGGGCGAGAAGCCCUGGACGCCCCGCGUCCCCACGCAGUUUCACAUGCAGCCCGUUGGAAGUGCCCUGAUCAUCGCAUGCCCAGGAGCCCACCCUGAGCAUGCCGUGGCCUGGGACAAGGACUCCGUCCAGCUUUACCGCUACCAUUACCUUGUCAGUGUCAACAAGACCAUGCGGGUCUUCAUCGACCACGGAAACCACCUGCACAUCCGGCGCAUCCGGGUCAGCGACAGAGGCACCUAUGUCUGCUGGCGGGAGGGCGAGAUGGUGGCCGGCUUCCGGCUCAGCGUGACCCACCAGCACCGGCGCCGGCGGAAGCUCAACGAUCCCGAGACAAUCUACGCUGUCAAGGUAGCCAUUUUGACUACAUAUGGUUAA